AUGUUUUUAUAUGUCCCUGAACCAUGAAGAGAUAAAUAUUGCGUUAUUGGUGCGGGUAGAAAUGAGCAUAUGGAUGCUAACAGGCCGACUCUAGCGUUAUUUUCGGUUCACAAUGCGGACUACGUGACAUGGCGGAGCGAUAUCGAGGGCGCUCUUCGCGUUUUCCUUUUUGAGAAAGUGCUCCGAGUUUUGGAAAUAGAGGAGGAGGGUGAACCAAACUGAGCCGGGGUUGAAGGGUCUUGGGGGCAGCAUCACUUUCGAAAGUUUGUCUCGGUAAUUUCCUGGAGUCUCCAAACCAUAAACUGACCUGGUUUGUUUACAUUUUGUUGCCCAGGCGUGUUUGCGUCUUAUCAGUCCUUUACGAAACAACGCACUCCAGCUUGUUUGGCUGGCGUUUAGAGACUCGGUCCAGUAAAUAGAAUGUUACCGAGCCGGGUUGGAUCGGCACCAUCUGGAAACGGGUCAGCUUCAGGCAGAGGUACCACAGGACACGGUUCGGGGGUUGUCGGCAGCGGGAUCCGUCCCGUUUUGGUCAGAACAGGGCAAGCUUUACCGGGUGUCAGCGAGAGCGUCGGUGCUGCCGGGCGACAGGGGGAAAGAGGCGCCGUCGGGAUGCUGGGGGCUAACGGUCCAGGGGGUCCAAGAGGUGUGAGACCGGGGAACGGUACCGGGGUGACCCCACUGCAGACCGCCAUCCAGGGCAACAUGGUGGGGUUAAACACGGCAGUUGUGUUGGCUCAAGGAACCAGGUUCGACCCGGACAGAGAGAGUGCUCCUCUGUGCAGCGGCUCGGAUAAUGACUCGGACUCCGGAGACGAUGAUGACCCAGUGGGUUCACUCGGGGACAGCAGGAGAGGGGUGAAGCGGGAGAGAGCGGAGAUGGAGGCAGCGGUGACGGGGCAGGAGGUGGGAGUACCUCCCGGAGGUUACGGCAUGGUGCCCGGAGGGGUCGCCGGGGCAAAGCCGGGGAAGAAGACACGUGGUCGCGUCAAGAUAAAGAUGGAAUUUAUUGACAACAAGUUGAGACGUUACACCACUUUCAGCAAGAGGAAGACGGGUAUUAUGAAAAAGGCCUAUGAACUCUCCACCCUGACGGGAACCCAGGUUCUGCUGCUUGUGGCCAGUGAAACGGGUCACGUCUACACUUUUGCGACCCGUAAACUCCAACCCAUGAUCACAAGUGAAACGGGCAAAGCCCUGAUCCAAACAUGCCUCAACUCGCCGGACUCGCCACCACGCUCUGACCCCUCCAUGGACCAGCGCAUGAGUGCCACGGGCUUUGAGGAGACGGACCUCACCUACCAGGUGUCUGAGUCGGAGAGCAUGGGCGACACAAAGGAUACACUGAAGCCGACGUUCACGGUAGCCAGCCUACCAGGCACUACCAGCAGUGCCCAGUCCACAGUACCCACCACCUCCACCACCAUGCAGGUGAGCAGUGGACCUUCGUUUCCCAUCACCAACUACCUGGCGCCGGUCUCGGCCAGCAGUAACGUCAGCGCCAACGGUACCGUCCUCAAGACCGCCGCCUCCACGGGGGUCAUGCAGCUGCCCAGCGGUUUCACUUUCAUGCCCGCAGGCACUCCUCUCCCCCCAGGCACCCCCACCAUUCCUCUGAGCCAGCUGCAGCAGCACUCCCUGGCCCUCCAGGGGCAGCAUGGUCAGGCCCUGGCCACCGCCCCGCAGCCACAGCAGGGACAGCAGGCUGUCUUCCGUUUCCCUGCUGCUGUCUCCCUCACAGGAGCGGGGGUUCCCCAGCAGCUCCAGGCUAUCCAGGUCCACAACACCCAAUCCACCUCCAACAGCGACAGCAGCCCCGAAAUGUCCCACACCUCAUCAAACUCCACGGCGACGGUGAGUCUCCCAGCAACCAUCGUCACCUCGUCAGUGCCAACGUCUGUGGCGGGUCACAUGAUGUACCCCAGCCCCCACACAGUGAUGUACGCCUCCACGCCGGGGCUGACUGAUGGGGGGCUGGCGGUGCUCAACGCCUUCUCCCAGGGCACCUCAGCCAUGCAGGUGUCACACACACAGGCCCAAGACCCAGGUGCUGUCCCUCAGGUGUUCCUCACAGCACCUCCAGGCACGGUGCAGAUCCCCGUCUCAGCGGUGCAGCUACACCCAGUACGGCAAGAUCUGCAUUUUACAAAUGGUGAUUGGCCAGCAAUCGAGCGGCAGCAGCAGUAACCUGACGGAGCUCCAGGUGGUCAACCUGGACACAGCACAGAACUCAAAGAGCGACUGACAGAUGUUUAACAUGGCUGACCCAGGGACACACACAGACAGACGUCUAUUUAUUGAUGCCUUCCUACAGAGUUUCACAUUACACUUCUGAAUGUGACUUUAAAGUACAUAUAUAUACACGCACUCAAGGGCAUGUGUGUGGCUGACCCUUAUACAGUAUCUUUUUGGUAUAUAAAUAUAUAUAUAUAUAUAUAUAUAUAUAGUCGCAAAUGCAUAGGAAAUAUAUCACUACAUCCAUCAUCGGAACCUAUUUUCUAUGCCGUUAGAUGGUGUUAUUUUUUUGUGUGUGCGUGUGUUUCUUUGCAAAUGUGUAAUUUACAUGUACACACACACUGCAAGGUGCCACAGCUUCACACCAGCCAAAGAGACAUUUGUUUGUCUGAAUGUUCCAGUGUGAGCAACUUGUGCACAAGCGUGUGUCUGUGUGUGCGAGCAUAUCUGGUGUUUGUAAAUGGGCGGGGAGACGCUUAUUGACUUAAAAAAAAGAGACAUUUGGAAAUGUACAUAGUUAUACAUAUAUUUUUUUUUUCUAAAUUGAUACUUGUAUUUUUAGCCUGGUUUAGUUUGUGCAACGGCAUGUAGUUGUUUUUUACGUAGUGGUUUUGUAUGUACAUGAAAAUGAUUUGCAUAAAGAAAAUUAAUGAUUUACAUGUAUAUGUAAAUUAAUUUAAUAUGCCAUCAUAUGUUGAUAUACUGUCAUGCUGUUGGGAGUUAUCGCUACAAGAUGGAGAAGGAACGCUGGAUGUUUUUCUAUAUUUUUUGAUUUGUGACAUUUGUAGGACUGUCCCUCAAACAGGAUCAAGUAGCUGGGUCACAAAAUGUAAAACAUAAGAUAUUUAUGGUUUACUGUUAAAAUAUUCUUUACCUUAGCUGGGAAGAUUUCAGUGAGCCGAUGGCAUGUUCAUUCAGUGUGACAUCAGUUCUGUGAGUGAGGUUUCCUAAUGAAGCCCUGAUCUGGCACUUUCUUGAGUGUAGAAAUUGUUAAAAUUAUGACAAUCUGAUGGAAAUUAUUUUCUUUACCUCAGCCUUAAGCAAAAUGCCAUUUAUAUUUUCAUCUGUGUUCACACAGAAAUACAAUUGACAUUUUCAAAACUGAACUGUCACGCACAGUUACUAUCCUCAGUGAGUGAAGUGAUAUUUAAGUUUGUGGCAUUUAUUUUUAAAUAGUUGAUUUGAUCCUUCUAUGGGUAACAAACCUGAGAGUGCCAAACAGGUUUUCAUGACAGCAGAUAAAAAAAUGAACUUUGUUGUCUAAUUUGUUUUAAAAAGCGAUCCAUUGUAAACCUGUCGCUCUGAUUUGCCUCCACUAGACUGCAGAACUUUAAUUAUGUGAUGCUACUACUGACUUGAGUCAGGGGCAUUGGACACAAAUCUCUUGUUUUAAUGAGACACUGUAUAGACUUGGCAGUUCCAUUUCAAUACUGCAAUCAAAGCAUUAGUGUUUCCUUGUAGGGAAGCACUUGUUUUCAUUGCAGUCUCAAUGCUGUAAUAUUACAACAGUAAUGAGUAUGAAUAUUUUUGUAAGAACAACAAUCUCGAUUUGGAAAAGUGACUUUAGGUGCUUUAAAAUGUUAAUAUACACCUUUAACUAGAACUGUAAGACCCUAGCUGACUGCAAUCUGGGUAUGUACCUCAGCAAUCGUUAAGAGUUAUUAGAAAGGGCCUUCUUUCUGCACCAUAGUGCCUCUUUUUCCAUGGCUGAUUUAUAAAUCACUGCAAGGCAAGGGGAAAUGUAGGAUUUACUUAUUUCCAGACCACCUCACAUGACUUUGGUCAUACAAUCCUCUGCUGUGCCCAAAGAGUGAGAUUUUUGACUCAUUUCUACAGAAUUAGCUGAUUGAGUGUAGGCUGGAUUGGAGUCAAAGAGAAUUUGACAGCAGAUAAAGUACACAAGCUGACUGCUGUUCAGUUAUUCACUGGCAAGAGGUAAUUUUCAUGCUCCAUGUUCUCUGGUCUGUUGCUGUACAUAAUGUCAUGUCAUCCUGCAGGCCUGUUUCCAUAAGAAAAUUACAGGUUAAAGACAUUCAAUUCCCCCCAUAAUAUCUGGUGGUUUUUCAGAAAUAUUAUUUUAAAAAGGGGUUUUAUUGGACAUAUUUUGUGGUUUUCACCUUGUCGUUGAAAGAAAUGGUUAUUUUGUGCAUUUUUGUUUUGUUGUACAGACAUUUUGUAAUAAAAACAAGAUGAAACACAA